CCCCCCCCCCCCCCCCCGUGUAGAAAACGUCAAAGUUAGCAUGAUGAUGCUUCAGCAUGGCUCCACACAGCUCCUCUGCCUCACGGCCAGCAGCGGGGUCCCGCUUUUCACCAGGGGGGCCUCCAAGCAGCUGCCGUUCUCCGUCAUCGGCUCCCUGAACGGCGUCCACAUGUUCGGCGCUGGUCAGGGAGUGGAGUUGUCCUGCUGCGAGACCGAAGGCGGGGGCAAGGUGGUGUGGAGGGUCUUCCAGGACAGCGUGAUGCUCAUCGCCGUGAGCGGCGGCGGUGGACAGGGCGGUGCAGGCGGCAGCAAAGCGGAGGAGGUCCGUUUGCAACGCCUCCUCGAGAACGUGUGGAGCUGCAUGGUGCUGGUGCUGGGGCAGGAUGAGCUGACGGAGGUCAGGAAUGUCGAGAGGCUCAAGAGGGACCUGCGGUCUUGCUUCACCCUGGUUGAUCAGCUGCUGGAGGACAGGCAAGAGGGCAUCCUGGGUAACUUGACCCACUGCGUUGACUCGCUGCUGCCCGCCAACCCGGCCGUCCUCCAAGGGGCCGUGGAUGGCUUUGCUCAGGCCGCCGAGAGUGAAUUUGGCUGCCUCCUCGUCCGCGGGCGGGUUGCCUCGGCGACCGAGAAGUGGUGGCGCCUCGCUCCACAGGAGGUGGUGCUGCUCUCUGCUCUGAUGCGGACCCUCUCGGCCUCGGGCUCGGCCUCGUGUGAUUAUCCAGUUUUCCUUCCUAAGGGCAGUCCCACCGUGGCCCACCGCCUGCUCCGCUUCCAGCUGCUCCCUGGGGCAGACGUGUGCGUGCUGUGCGGCCCGACGCCUUCCCUGCACAAGGCCGAGAGCGAGCUGGUGGGUAGCUUCUGGACACCUUUGGUGGAGACCCUGAGAGACUGCCUGGCCAGCGGAGAGCAGUGCUUGCCGGGAUCUGUGGCCUUGCGUCCCGACGUGCUGGCGGUUCUCCUCAUCAACCGCGAAACGCGCCGCUCGGUGUCCACCGCUCACCCUCUCGGUGAUCCUCCUUUACCCUCCAAGGCCCGCUGCUGGGAGCUACUGAGGCUCUUCUACGUCUUCAGCACCACACACUACUUCACGCAGGAGGAGACGCCGUCCGCCUCCCCGGAGGAGAGGGCUCCUAGAGGUCACAACGAGGACUUUGUCCUUGGAUUCUCCCAUCAGCCGCUGCAGUGCUAUCUGGUCACAGAUGAGUGCAAAAGCUUUGGACUUCAGACACCACAGCACCAGCUCUUCCUGCUCGUCCCGCCGUCAGUGCCCAGCUUUGCACUGCGUGCGUUGGCCACGCAGACCCUCUCUGAUAUAGUUGCUGCCACUGGGUUUUAAUUAAACCAUUUACAUUGUUACAUUUCAUUGAAACCAUCUGUGACCUCAUAAUAUGUUAACGUAGAGGUAUUUAUUGAAAUGCGAAUUAGCUGCUUCUUAGAUGUCUCAUAUCUUUAUUGAGAAUUCUUUUAUCUAAUACCGUAUCUAGAGGCGUAAAAGUCAGCUUCGUAACAGAAAAUGGGUAACAUACCACUUGUUUGACUUCGCCAUAGAGAAGGAUAUCACUGUUAACGUUAUCACUGGUGAUCUUUACUUAAUAGAGCUCAGGAAUUAUGUAAAUAGUAAGAAAGGAAAUUGCUUCGUUUUGCAUUAGAGAUAAGUCACUUUUCUACAAUUGUCCGACUCCCCUGGCUUCAAGG